AUGACUGCUGAUUUGGUUAUGAGGAGGCGACCUGCUGCUGAUGCUCCUCCAGAGGGCACCAUAGAAAACUCUGGACUAAGCACAUCUAAUGAAGAAGAGGAGGUCAGUGCUCACAGUGCCAAGGUUCUCAUCGUAGCUCAGGUGACCUGCGCUCCACAGCCCUCUGCCACGCACACCACUAAUCAUUUGUUUUUAAUCACCGGGAUACGUUGCCUCCUGCCGCCCCUCCAUCACAGCUCCUCCUCUCUCUUCAUGCCCUACAGUGUGCCCUAG